AUGGUGAGCAUUAGCGGGGUUCAGAACUUUAUGAGCAGUGUUGGAAUAACAUUGAAGCCGAAAAUAAUGUCAUCAACUGAUGCGUAUGGAAAUGUAAAUACAUUUGCCGUAACAUCUGCACCUUUAAUUUUACAGGGAAUUGACACGCCUUUUGUUGGCCGAAUUGGAUUUAAUAUCACUCCCGGCUCCGUGAAGUUCGGUCGCUUUCAAGAUCCUCGAGCUACGAUACGGAAUCAAAUAAAGAAUCGUGUCCCUGUUGAUGCUGGUUCUGGAAAGUCGUCUAGUCAUCCUGUUCCUGCUUCUACGGGUGGUCAAAUUACCACUAAAGGAAUGACUUAUGAGGAUAUAAAAAAGAACUUAAAGGGUACCGGUCAACUUUUCGAAGAUCCUGAUUUUCCUGCUGUGGGCUCAUCUCUGUUUUACUCUAUGUCCGCACCUCGUGGCAUUGAAUGGAAACGUCCAAAGGAAAUCUGCAAUUGUCCCAAGUUUGUAUCCGGUGGUACAAGUCGUUUCGAUGUUCGCCAGGGUGAGCUAGGUGACUGUUGGCUGUUGGCGGCCGUCGCAAAUCUCUCUCUGUACCAAGAUUUAUUGGAGCAAGUCGUUCCACCGGAUCAGGACUUCGAUAGCGAUUACUGCGGUGUCUUCCGAUUUACUUUCUGGCGCUUUGGUGAAUGGGUGGAGGUCGUUGUGGACGAUCGUCUGCCAACACGCAACGGACACCUCGUUUUCAUGCAUUCUACUGAUUCCAAUGAGUUUUGGUCGGCUCUGUUAGAAAAGGCAUACGCCAAGCUGUUUGGCUCGUAUGAAGCACUUCGAGGCGGUAGUACUGUUGAGGCGCUUGAAGAUUUCACUGGUGGCUUAGCGGAGUUCUACGAUCUUCGUGGAAAGCAACCCGCCGAUCUUUCCAAGAUCCUGACAAAGAGCUACGCCCGCCGAACCCUCAUGGCCUGUUCAAUCGGCGCCGACCCGAAUGUCGUCGAGGCGGAAUUGCCCAACGGCCUCAUCCGCGGUCACGCCUACUCAAUCACGAAGAUUGCCAAUGUAACCACAGCAUCGGGUCCCGUGCAGCUCAUCCGUAUCCGCAAUCCCUGGGGAAAUGAAGCCGAGUGGAAGGGACGUUGGAGCGACAAGUCUCCUGAGUGGUGUAGCGUUUCAGAGGAGCAGCGUCGCGAGCUUGGCCUCAAUUUCGAUGCCGAUGGCGAAUUCUGGUGUUGCGUCACACCCAAGCCACCCCUCUGUGGUGUUCUGUGCCGUCAGCUGUGUUCAGCUGUUGCUGGCAUGGCAUGCAACGCAGAGACAUCUGUGUGCUGGCUGGUCCGCAAACUCGCGACGAGCACCACGAGCUGUGUGGAGAGCGCAGGCGACUUGCCCAAAACACAGCGACGGGUUUGCGCACACGCGCCUCUUGUUGGUGCCAUCUCCACCGCUGCACAAUGCGUGCCCUCGUGCGUGUCUGCAUGUGCCGCUUUAACGCUGGCGUGGCGGCUUUUCACUGCUUGCAAUAAAUACGCGCCUCAGCGACGCCUCGAGGUAGUUCUGAUGGGCGUCGGGCGUUUUAGCCGCUCACUGAUGUGUUACAAUGAUUUCGUCUCGGAAUUUGAGAAGCUGGAGAUGUGCGCCCUUGGUCCGCAGUCUCUCGAGAUGACUGAGGGCUCGAGAAACGUGGCCUUCGAGAUGACAAUCGAACACGGUGGCUGGCAGCCCGGCGUUAACGCCGGUGGCUGUCGCAACUUCCUCGACACCUUCUGGACCAAUCCCCAGUACAGAGUGCACGUGGAAGACGCCGAUGAGGGUGACGACGAGAACUUGGGAACCCUGAUCGUCGGUCUGAUGCAGAAGGAUCGUCGAAAGAUGCGCAAACAGGGUGCCGAUUUACUCACCAUUGGCUUCAUGAUUUACGCACUGAAGGAACCGCGGUCGGGGCUUCUGGAUAUGAAUUUCUUCAAGUACAACGCCGCGGUGGCGAGGUCGCCAGCCUUCAUCAACACCCGCGAGGUGAGCGGCCGCUUCCGUCUUCCGCCAGGCGACUACGUCAUCGUUCCGUCAACCUUCGCCAAAAACGAACGCGCCGACUUCUUGCUUCGCAUCUUCUCCGAGCGACUCCAUCCUACUGAACAAAUGGACGACACUGUCGGAAUGGAGGACCCACAAGGUGCCGUCGUCCCGGAACCUAUCAACGAAAGUCAGGUCGCGGCGCUGAAAAACGCUUUCGAGAAAGUCAGUGGACCUGAUGGCGAGGUCACAGCCGAUGAACUCAUUGACAUUCUCAAUGUGGCCUUCACUAAAGAACUCAACGAAGGUCGAGAAGGGAACCAGCCUGAGGUUCCGAACAACAAGCCUCCUGCUGCUGCCCCCUCUCGCGUUUCCUCAAAGGGGCUCAGUUUCCUCUGUUGUGGCCUGGGAGAAAAGGCCGAGAACGCCAAUUCGGAGGCUGGCCCCACCACGGCUAAACCUGGCGCUGAAGGUGGUGAUAAUGACUUUGCCUUCGAAGGUUUCAACAUUGAGACUUGUCGCAGCCUCAUUUCUAUGAUGGAUGUCGACCGUUCGGGCAGUCUGGACUUUGAGGAGUUCAAGUCACUCUGGGAAACGUUGCGUCUCUGGAAGGGCAUCUUCAAGAAGUUCGACGCGGACAACAGCGGGACAAUGAGCUCUUUCGAACUCAGGAACGCUCUCAACUUCGCAGGUUUUCUAAUCGGGAUAGGAUUUUACGAUUUGACGACUACAUCAUCUGCUGUGCUCGCCUGA